AUGACUAUGGAUGCUCCUCCCUCGAAAAUAACAAAACUAGAUUGUUCUUCAGUCACUAAACUGGAAGUCCAUCCUAUCCUAGAUCCUGCACUGACAUGUGAAACAAUAGCAUCUACUUCGUUUCAAGCUCUGAAUCUCGUAAAUAAGCAAGUCAUUGGACAGAUUAUCGGGGGUUUAAACGAACUUCCCGAAAGUUUUCAACAUUUGAAACGAGUUGAAAAAGAUGGAAGCGUGCUCAUUUCGGAGACAGAAGAAAGCGCCAAACAAAUUAUCAUUGGUUUAAAAAACGACGACGUGCGAAUAGAAGACUUGAGAACAGUUUUGGUUCCUUCAAAAAAACCAUCAACACGUCGGCAGUUCGAAGUUUCAAAACUUCUCUGGUCAACCGCCUUCCAUCCCAAUCAUGAUGUUGAGAAACUGCUUGAUGGAUCAUUCCUCACUGAUUCUCUCAGAGAAUAUGUAAUUCGAUAUACACAAAGAGUAAUAGAAAUGGGUGAUGGGUGUAUUGCAGUGCAAAGUAAUUCUGUACUCUCGUCUGGCUGUCCAUCAACGCAUCCACUAGGGCACCCAGUUAUGGAGAUGGUCCGCAAUCUCCGGAAGCGGACAGGGUCUGAUUACCUCGGAACUGGUUCUGAUGUGUUUUUGGUUAAUGAACCGUGUGCUAUGUGUUCAAUGGCUCUCGUUCAUUUUCGGAUUAAGCGACUCUUUUAUGUGCGGAAUUCAAAAAAUGGAGUGUUAAAAGAAGAUGGCUGGCAGCUGCACUUGGAACCUUCAAUCAAUCAUCACUACGAAGUUUUCCGCGUGAAUAUACAUGACGACUCAGGAAGUAAUUUGGAUAAUGUUUAUUCGAAUUCUCUGUGCACUCUUGCCAAAUAA